AUUGAAAUAGGACUGUGGUAAGCCACUUUAUGGCUCUCGAUUUUAUAUGAGAAAAUCAUGCUUAGUGCCUUGUUAGUAAAAGAAAGAAAAUCUGAAAGUCCCUGCCAUGGAAGGAAGAAAUAGUGGGGAGAAAAGGGAGUUGGUAAGUUUCAGCAUUUCAGAGCUUGGAGGGACAAGUUAGGUUUCUAUUUUAUGGAGAAGGAGGUGGAGGCAGGAUGGGUCCUAAGGUGUCAUUCAACACACACAGCCAUAACUCUUUAUUGAGGGUAGAGCUAGGGCCCCAGGGAUUGCUAUGGUCAAGUUGCGGACAAAAAUGACCACUCGUUGGAAGACAGGAGAGGAGUGUUUAGUUACAAAAGCAGUCAACAAUUCAGGUGUAUCUAUAUUCAGUCAGCCAAUAAAAGUCGUUCAACUUGGUUGCUAAUGGGACCCACUCUACUGAGGCUUUGUAUAGAACUCAUAGAGGAAGAUGGCUUCAAGUAAUGAACUACCCUGUGCUUUUCUUAGGACUAAAAUCUCAGGAAGCUGGUGAUGAAUGAAAACCUUAGUCCCACUGGCACUGCACGAGGGGCCAGGAGAGCAGCAGCAUCAUAAGCCACAGGGUGGGGCAGCCAAGGCAGGGGCAUUCUGAGCUGUUGGGGAGGGGUGGCAGGCAGGGUGGGGCACUGUGAGCUGUCGGGGAGGGCACUGUGAAGUGUGGGAUGGGGCAUUGUGUGCCACAUGCCUGGGCUCCCACCUGGGACCAGUGGGCUUCAGUCUGUAGGUGACUACAGAAGGAGGAGGAGCUCCGUCUGUUCUCUCUUCAGGCAGUUGUUGUGUCUCUCAGCGCUUGUUGGGUUCACAGCCUAUUAAAUAAGCCGGCUGGUCUUCACCCUCCCAGACAAGUCAACUCAGGGGAGGCAGCAGGGUGCGGGCCUUGGCCCGCAGCCCUAGCUGGGGCCGUGGCCGGGGCCGGGGCUGGGGCCAGGGCUGGUGCCCGGGGCCGCGCUGUGAGGUGGGCAGGCGAGGAGCGGGAAAACCAUCUCUGCAAGUGCAGCAUAGCCUCGGCCUAGGACAGCGGGAGUGCGUGGCCAAAGCUGUGAGCAGAGGCACAGGUGGUGGCAGACAGUAGAGGCACCCCAUGGGGAACAUACUGACCUGUCGUGUGCACCCUAGCGUCAGCCUCGAGUUUGACCAGCAGCAGGGGUCGGUGUGUCCCUCUGAAUCUGAGAUCUAUGAGGCAGGAACUGGUGACAGGAUGGCAGGAGCGCCCAUGGCUGCUGCUGUACAGCCUGCUGAGGUGACUGUUGAAGUUGGUGAGGACCUCCACAUGCACCACAUUCAUGACCGGGAGAUGCCUGAAGCUUUGGAGUUUAACCUUUCUGCCAAUCCAGAGUCAAGCACAAUAUUCCAGAGGAACUCUCAAACAGAUGCUUUGGAGUUUAACCCUUCUGCCAAUCCAGAGGCAAGCACAAUAUUCCAGAGGAACUCUCAAACAGAUGUUGUAGAAAUAAGAAGAAGCAACUGUACAAACUAUGUAUCUACUGAGCGUUUCAGUCAACAAUACAGCUCGUGUUCGACAAUAUUCCUUGAUGACAGCACAGCCAGCCAGCAUUAUCUUACAAUGACAAUAAUAUCUGUGACCUUGGAGAUACCUCAUCAUAUCACACAAAGAGAUGCAGAUAGAUCUUUGAGGACACUUGAUGAACAGUUACACUCAUUUGCGGUUUCCACUGUGCACAUUACGAAGAAAAGAAAUGGAGGUGGGAGUUUAAAUAACUAUUCCUCCUCCAUUCCAUCAACUCCCAGCACCAGCCAGGAGGACCUUCAGUUCAGUGUUCCUCCCACUGCCAACACACCCACGCCCGUUUGCAAGCGGUCCAUGCGCUGGUCCAACCUGUUUACAUCUGAGAAAGGGAGUGACCCAGACAAAGAGAGGAAAGCCCCGGAGAAUCAUGCUGACGCCAUCGGGAGCGGCAGAGCCAUCCCCAUUAAACAGGGCAUGCUCUUAAAGCGAAGUGGGAAAUGGCUGAAGACAUGGAAAAAGAAAUAUGUCACCCUGUGUUCCAAUGGCGUGCUCACCUAUUAUUCAAGCUUAGGUGAUUAUAUGAGGAAUAUUCAUAAAAAAGAGAUUGACCUUCAGACAUCUACCAUCAAAGUCCCAGGAAAGUGGCCAUCCCUAGCCACAUCGGCCUGCGCACCCAUCUCCAGCUCUAAAAGCAAUGGCCUAUCCAAGGACAUGGACACCGGGCUGGGUGGCUCCAUAUGCUUCAGCCCCAGUAUCUCCAGCACCACCAGCCCCAAGCUCAACCCGCCCCCCUCUCCUCAUGCCAAUAAAAAGAAACACCUAAAGAAGAAAAGCACCAACAACUUUAUGAUUGUGUCUGCCACUGGCCAAACGUGACACUUUGAAGCCACGACGUAUGAGGAGCGGGAUGCCUGGGUCCAAGCCAUCCAGAGCCAGAUCCUGGCCAGCCUGCAAUCAUGCGAGAGCAGUAAAAGCAAGUCCAAGCUGACCAGCCAGAGUGAGGCCAUGGCCCUGCAGUCGAUCCAAAACAUGCGUGGGAACUCCCACUGUGUGGACUGUGAGACCCAGAAUCCUAAGUGGGCCAGUUUGAACUUGGGAGUCCUCAUGUGUAUUGAAUGCUCAGGAAUCCACCGCAGUCUUGGCACCCGCCUUUCCCGUGUGCGAUCUCUGGAGCUGGAUGACUGGCCAGUUGAGCUCAGGAAGGUUAUGUCAUCUAUUGGCAAUGACCUAGCCAACAGCAUCUGGGAAGGGAGCAGCCAGGGGCGGACAAAACCCUCAGUAAAGUCCACGAGGGAGGAGAAGGAACGGUGGAUCCGUUCCAAAUAUGAGGAGAAGCUCUUUCUGGCCCCACUACCCUGCACUGAUCUGUCCCUGGGCCAGCACCUGCUGCGGGCCACCGCUGAUGAGGACCUGCAGACAGCCAUCCUGCUGCUGGCACAUGGCUCCCGUGAGGAGGUGAACGAGACCUGUGGGGAGGGAGAUGGCUGCACGGCGCUCCAUCUGGCCUGCCGCAAGGGGAAUGUGGUCCUGGCGCAGCUCCUGAUCUGGUACGGGGUGGACGUCAUGGCCCGAGAUGCCCACGGGAACACAGCGCUGACCUACGCCCGGCAGGCCUCCAGCCAGGAGUGCAUCAACGUGCUUCUGCAGUACGGCUGCCCCGACGAGUGCGUGUAGUAUCUGUUUUAUUUGACUGCAGUCUCCUUGGUGCAAAAACAAAAUGGGAAAAAUAAAGAUAACUCAGAAUUUCAAAAGGAAAUCACAAAUUCAGCUUAUAAUAGCAUUUUCAGUACUUUUCAUAAACUAAUACACAAAAUGUUGAUUUUUCUGACCGUAAGACAUAUUUUAUGUCCUUUUGCCGAGGUGGAUGUGUUAGUCUCAGGCCCUCCUGGCCACAUUGCCCAAGUCACACAGGCUUCUGUAUUAUGCAUUUAGAUAAGAUGUGUGAAAAUAUAUUUGAAAAAAAGUUCAUAAAUAUGCAUUGAUUUUUGUACACACGGCACCUCUUUUUCAUUUUUAUCUUUAUUUUUGGACCAUGUUUUGCUCUGUGGCCCCAGCUGGAGUGCAGUGGCGUGAUAUCUGCUCACUGCAAGCUCUGCCUCCCGGAUUCACACCAUUCUCCUGCCUCAGCCUCUCAGGUAGCUGGGACUACAGGUGCCUGCCACCACACCUGGCUAAUUUUUUGUAUUUUUAGUAGAGACGUGGUUUCACCAUGUUAGCCAGGAUGGUCUCGAACUCCUGACCUCGUGAUCCACCUGCCUCGGCCUCCCAAAGUGUUGGGAUUACAGGCGUGAGCCACCGUGCCAGGCCCAUGGCACCUCUCUUAAUUUAUAAAUUGAACUGGAUGUGAAGUAAUCAUGUCAGCUAGUUGAGAUAAGAGGGUUACAGAUCGGCUGGGCGCAGUGGCUCACACCUGUAGUCCUAGCACUUUGGGAGGCCUAGGUGGACUGAUCACCAGGUCAGGAGAUCGAGACCAUCCUGGCUAACAUCAUGAAACCCCAUCUCUACUAAAAAAUACAAAAAAUUAGCUGGGCAUGGCUGGGCGUGGUGGCUCACACCUGUAAUCCCAGCACUUUGGGAGGCCGAGGCAGGCGGAUCACAAGGUCAGGAGAUCAAGACCAUCCUGGCUAACAUGGUGAAACCCCAUCUCUGCUAAA